GGUCGAUUGGACGGAGCUAGCAAAUGUUGCGAAAGCGCUCAACAUCCGUUUCGCCUCGAGAGCUGCUUGCAAAGUUUUUUGACAAAGCGGAUUUUAUUGUCGGAAAAAGCGUACGCUACGCAGUUACCUUGCUAGUCGGUGUUACCACGGUUGCCAUAAUCAUCGCAAUUGUUUCAUUAACACGUUCAAAAAGCUCAGGUGAAACAGCGAACACUCCAAGCACUAAUUUUGUCACGACGACUACCACCAUAACAAAGGCUAUUACCAGUAAUGUAAGUACGGACAGGAGGAGUACAUCAAGUACUGCGACUAAUUCCACGAAGCCGAUAUUUACGACUUCUGCUAUCACCUAUGCUAAGAAUACAACCAAGUCAAUAAUUACGACGAAGAAACCGCCA